AUGGGCAUUCCCAACCCCGAUCUCGGCGCGCUCGAGCAGCGCCGCCUCACUCUCGAAGACAACAUCCUGCAGCUCCAACAGUCACUAUAUCACUGGAGAACUUGGGAAGCCGAAUACGAUGGAAUUCGCGAGGAGAUUGGAGCUCUCGACAGCGGUGCUUCGACCGAAGACUUCUUGGAGGUGGGACGCGAGUUUGGAGGCACACUGGUGGACCAGGAGGAAAUGCAGAAGAUUCUUGGCUCCCAGGGCGUGUCUAGGUCGCGUGGACAGGUCGUGGAUCUCCUUGGUCGGCGAAUCGACUACGUGAAACAGAAUGUUGCUACCAUGGAGAAAAGACUACAGACUGCUGAGAAUGAGUUGCACGCGCUGGAUGAGCAGGACCAAAUACCCAUCGAAGGUGGCAACGACUUUCCCAUGCGGGAGAUCAUGGAAGAGCUGGAUGAAGAGGGUGAGGUCAUCUCAAGCACAAUCAACACCCCCGGUGAUCAGGCGCCCCAGCUCCUUGACGUGUUGAAGCAGGUUGGUGUUCAGAACAUUCCAGAGACUCAGCAAUCUACCGAGAACCCAGACCCCGCGACUGCAAGUACCGCAGCAGGUGAUAGGGCAGAAGAAGCGCCGACAGAGGUCUCUGUGGCCCACGAAAACCAUAACCACUCCCUGGAAUGCCCUGUACAUACCCCAGAGGCAAACGACGUCGUGCCAGAUGACGAUCCCGAUCUGGAACGACCUGUCUCCCUCGUGACAGCCGAAGACCGUCAACAACCCCCUGUCACCGAUGUCGACGAAUCCCCCGAUGAAGCGAGGCUACGCCGAGAAAUGCUUCAGUAUGGGAUCGACGAGGUGGGUGCCAUUGUCGCAGAGCUGGAACUGGACGAAGAGGGAAGCGAGUUCUCGCUCGACGAUGACGAAAAUUACGACUUCGACUCAGGUGAAGAAGAAAAUGAGGAUGUAUACGGUCGCUCACAUACCGUGCUGUCUGAGGAAUAUCACCAGCAGAUGCGGGAGUUGGAAGCCAAACUUAAUGCUCGUGGAAUGUACAACGUUGGCAAAAACACCGAAUCUCUACCAGAGGAAAUGCGUCAGGAUAUCGAGAACCCUCCAUCUGCGCAAGACCUUCAGCAAAUUGGCGUGGAGUCCUCCGACAAGGGCAAGAAACCCAAGAAGCGGGUUGCUUUCGCCGAAGAUCUUGAUAUUGCACCGGCUGCUGAUCCCACGCCCGUCGCCGAGAAGAGAACACCUCCCACAAAGCAGCCUGAUGUCACUGUACUGUCGGAUGCCAUCGUGGAACGAACAAACCGCGCCCCGGACGUUCAACCAUCCACGAACAAUGCCCCCAAGAAGGUCUCGCGAUUCAAGACUGCACGGGCAGCUGUGCCAUCUUGCAAUGGACUGGACUCCACUCCGGCUGAAUCAUCUCUGAAACCUUCUAAGCCAUCAGAACCUGGGUUCGCUCGCAAACAAACCAACGCCGUUCCGGCAAGCAACCCUCCAGCUUUGUUCCCCGCCACUCCAAAGGAACCCAAGCCAUUUUCAGCCCCAAUUACGGACAUCACCGAAACCUCGUCCAGUCCCCAGCCGCCCGAAGGCAAAACCCUGGCCGAGAAACUAGUCGAACGCGAUGUCGUUUCCGGUACUGCCGCUGCUCCUGAACUAGAUGAGCUGGAUGAGGAAAUGCACCGCGGUCAAAUUGCCAGCGAGUUCUUCAAGGCCCGCAACCGCAAGAUCCAGGAACAAGGCGGUUUUAUGGACGAAGAACAAGACACGGAAUACGAGAUCCGUGAGGGUGAAAUCGAGCCCAGGCGUAUCAGUAAGUUCAGGGCUGCUCGCAUGAAGUAA